UUUUGUUCGAAGCUGAUACUUCUGCCUGAGCCACAAGUGCUGCUUGGAAAGGGCUCAGGUUGUUUCCAGGGGGAGAACUCUGCAGAGAAGAGAGGAAGUUCAACAGGACAACAAAGGAGCAGCAGAAACAGCCAGGAAAACGAAGAGCCCUCACGCUUUCACACAGAGCCCCCUAUCAGAGUUCUCCAAUCCUAAAGUAUUCUGCAAAGUGCCACUUGACCGGAAUUUUUGCCUGCCUUUCCAACCACCAUGACUGAGAUCACGGCUGAAGGAAAUACAUCUACGACCACAACUGUGAUAGACAGCAAGAAUGGAUCUGUGCCCAAAUCCCCUGGAAAAGUGCUGAAGAGGACCGUCACAGAAGACAUAGUGACAACAUUCAGCUCCCCAGCAGCCUGGCUUCUGGUCAUCGCUCUGAUCAUCACGUGGUCAGCUGUGGCCAUUGUUAUGUUUGACCUAGUGGAUUACAGAAACUUUUCAGCAAGCUCUAUUUCCAAGAUUGGCUCAGAUCCUCUAAAACUUGUACAUGAUGCUGUGGAGAAAACCACGGACUGGGUCUAUGGCUUCUUUUCUUUGUUGUCUGACAUCAUCUCGUCUGAGGAUGGUGAAGAAGAUGAUGAUGAUGGAGCCGAGGACACUGAUAAAGGAGAAAUAGAGGAGCCUCCCUUGAAAAAAAAAGAAAUACACAAAGAAAAGACUGAAAAGCAGGAGAAACCUGAAAGGAAAAUACAAACUAAAGUUACACACAGAGAGAAAGAAAAAGACAAAGAAAAAGUGAAAGUAAAAGAAAAAGAAAAACCUGAAAAAAAAGCAACUCACAAGGAAAAAAUUGAGAAAAAAGAAAAACCAGAAACAAAGACAGUGGCAAAAGAGGAGAAGAAAGCUAAGACUAGAGAAAAGACUGAAGAAAAGAUUAAAAAGGAAGUGAAAGGUGCGAAACAGGAGAAGGUGAAGCAAACAGCUGCAAAAGUAAAAGAAGCACAGAAGCCAUCACCUAAACCCAAAGAGAAGGAUGAGAAAGAUGCUGCAGCUGUGUCCAAGCAUGAACAGAAAGAUCAGUAUGCAUUCUGUCGAUAUAUGAUUGACAUAUUUGUCCAUGGGGAUUUAAAACCAGGACAAAGCCCAGCCAUACCACCUCCGUUACCAACAGAACAAGCUUCCAGACCCACUCUGGCAUCACCUACUCUUGAAGAAAAAGAGGAAGAAAAGAAGAAAGAUGAGAAGAAAGUGACUUCUGAAACAAAAAAGAAAGAAAAAGAAGAUGUCAAAAUGAAAACUGAGAAGGAAACUGCCACGGAUGUGAAAAAAAAAGAGCCUGGCAAAACCCCAGAAACCAAACAAGGGACAAUAAAAGAUGCACCACAAGCAGCAACUAAAAAAGAUGAAAAGAAGGAAGAUUCCAAGAAAAUAAAAACACCUGCCGAAGAACUACCCAAGGGAAAAAAACAGGAAAAGAAAGAAAAACAUGUGGAACCAGCAAAGUCACCAAAGAAGGAACAUUCAGCUCCAAGUGAAAAACAAGUUAAAGCAAAAACUGAACGAGCCAAGGAAGAGGUUGGUGCUGUCUCAACUAAAAAAGCUGUACCUGGAAAGAAGGAGGAGAAAACAACCAAGACUGUGGAGCAAGAAAUUAGAAAAGAAAAAUCUGGGAAGACUUCUUCAGGUCUGAAAGAUAAAGAGCCUAUUAAGGGAAAAGAAGUGAAGGUUCCAGCUUCCCUAAAGGAAAAAGAACCUGAAAUUAAAAAAGAUAAAAAGAUGUCCAAAGCAGGCAAAGAGGUCAAGCCCAAGUCUCCACAGCCACCAGUAAAAAAAGAAGAGAAGCCAGAGUCACAAGUUAAAAAGGAAGCAAAACCAGCUUCACCUGAAAAAGCUCAAAUGCACAAACAAGACAUAGUGAAACCAGAAAAGACUGUUUCUCAUGGUAAACCAGAUGAAAAAGUUGCGAAGCAGGUAAAAGCUACCAUAAUAGAAAAAACAGUCAAACCCAAACCAACAAAAAAAGCUGAACAUCAAGAAAAAGAAUCUCCAUCUAUAAAAACAGACAAACCAAGACCAACUCCAAAGAAAACAUCAGAAGUAACAGAAUCAGUGAAGAAGAAAAUUGAAAUAUCUGAAAAGGAAAGUAAAGAAAAAGCAGAAAUGAAACAUCUUAAAGAAGAAAAAGUGCCAGCAAGAAAAGAAAGUCUUCAAUCGCACAAUGUGACAAAAGCAGAAAAACCUGCAAGAGUAUCAAGAGAGGAUACUGAAGCUGUACCAGCUUCAAUGAAAGCUAAAGAAGCUGAAGAAGUAUCUUCCACAAAGAAGCAAAAAAGCCCCAUCAGCUUCUUCCAGUGUGUCUACUUGGAUGGAUACAAUGGCUAUGGAUUUCAGUUUCCUGUCACUCCUGCACACCGCCCUGGAGAGAGCUCUGGCCAACCAAGUUCUCCAGGACAGAAGCAACAAGGAUAAUAAGACAUAUAUGCGCAGCCCUUAGAAGUGCUUUAAGAUCUUUUUAAUAGGAUCCUCUGUUUAUUCGCAGUGCCGUGGGCAAUUGAAAUCAUUUAGUCCGGGGAAUUUCUUUGAAAAUAUUUUACUCUUCUGCCUGGUGUAGAAAGAAAGGAUGAACAAAGGGACUGAAUGACAAGCUGACAGGUUGGAGGGUCUGGCGCUCAAGAAUCUGCCAUGUGUUUGUUGCUGGGUGUGGGUGCUUAUAUUUUUCUAUUUCCAUUCACUGUAGCAUUGUUCACAAAUUAAAUUUUACUUAAUAAUGGUCUUUUCAACAUAAUUGACACAAUUAAAAAUGAAAUUUCUGGCUUCAGUUAGAUAUUUACUAAGUGAAAACACAGACUAUGCUUUAAGUUUAAAGGGUGUAGAAGCUUAUACAAAAGCUGCUCUUUUGCAUCAUGUAGGUAUCUAAGCUCAAUUUACCCAAUAAGUUGAUGUUUAAUAGUUUAAUUUUAUUUCUGUGUCUAUUUCAGUUGUGACUGUGCUCUAAAAAUGGGUAACAGUUGCACCAAAGAAUGCUAUAAGUUCCUUGUGAUGCUCUUUUGGAGCUCAAAAUAUCUCUGAAUUUUAGACAUGAUAAGAUGGAGUAGAAAUGUUUGAUGAAUCUUAUCUCUAAGAUUUGUCUUGAAUUGUAAUUGAGACAUUCACUCCAGUAGAAAUGCACCAUCCAAUUAGGCAAGUCUGGUGAAUCAUUUGUUUAAAUAUAAGCAAAUUAGAUGUAGAAUUGUCAGAUUUCUCCAGACUGUGCCCUAGUGAAAAUAUCACCCGGGUGAAAUUUUAGAUCAAUCACUAAAUUUGGGUGACAGAUGAAAGAGUAUUUUCAUUUCACUUUAAUAGACUCAUCCUAUGGAGUUAAACAGGUUUUACUUUUCAAAACAGAAAAAUAUGAAUGUCAUCAAAGUUGAAAGCAUACAUUUUAACCAUAAGUGCUUCAUGAGAUGUCUUACUUGUUUUUUAGGUAAUUGGUUACCAGUGCCAAUGAAACAGAUGACAAUCUUUAACUCAUUUGACGACGCAUCACUGGGAAUAACUACUAUAGUUUUGCCAUCAUUUUGUUUCCCAGUGGUGUAAACACUUGUGAUUUUUUACCACAUUUUUCUAUCAACUCUAAAUGUCAUGGCAGGGAAUUCCCCGGCGGUCCAGUGGUUAGGACUCCGCACUUCCACUGCAGGGGACAAGGGUUCCGUCCCUGGUCAGGGAACUAAGAUCCUGCAUGCUGUGCGGUGCGGCCUAAAUAAAUAAAUAAAUAAAAAUAAAAGUCAUGCCACUGUGACCUUUAUCAUGUUUACAGUUGCAAUUCAACUUAUGACAUAUUAACUCAGGAAAUAAACUGAGUUAUUCUUUCUGGCUUUGUAAAAUUACCUUUAGCAAAAUCUAAAGCAGCCAGAGCCGAUACUAGCCAAGUCAUUUAUUUUCAAGGACUGCAACUAAGUUCUUUAGGGCCAAGAUGUAGAACACUGUUUUACUAAAAUAUCAUUAGGCUAGGGCAUCGGUCACGUUAAUUAUUAAUAAUGAAUUUUCAGUGACUUUUGUGAAAAGUUGGUCUCAGCCACAGGCUGGUGGACCUAAUUUACAUCACAAAAGCCAAUGGUACGAUGAACCAAGAUUAAUGACACUCCUUAUAGGGGUGCCUGGAAGUGUGUAACUUCAGUGCUGACCAGAUGGUACUAUCUUGUAAAGCCUCUUCAUGUAACAAUGAAAACUUGUGAGUAGGACAAUGAAUGAAGUUUAUUGCUCAACUGCUCCUCUAACUUGUCCAAUUUAAUGGCUAAAGGAAUAGAGAGCAAAUAUGAUAGUUUACUCAAUUUCGUAGAAAAGCAUGGUUUAUCCAUUCAUUCUUUUCAUUUAUUGACUAUUGAGCAUUUGCUCUUUCUAGGGCACUGUGUUAGGUACUGGACUGUAUAAGAAAAAUAUCAGAGAUAAAUUCUGCUCCCAGUGCUAUCCUGACACAAUAUGUGGUCUUGGAAUAGUUGCUUGUUUCCCUAUGUGUAAAAUAGGGAUUUCAGGACAAACAACUUUAUACCUCACAGACAUAUUGUGGAGGCUGACAAAUUAUCUUAAUACAGAUAUGACAUAAAAAAAUUUCUGAAAUAAUACUUUUGGAUGUGGCACUACUUUUCCCUCUGUGCAUUUCUACAUUAUAUUAUUGUUUCUUUCACUCUUAUUAUGAAAACUAUUUGAUAAAAAAAGACAAUUUCUUGUAAUUAGAAU